UUGGAUACUGUAAAUCAUUUGACUCCAAAUGAUGUCCUGGGUAAAGGAAAUGGUGUCAUAAUGUUGGAGAUUUCCGAUAGAAUGGAUCCACCACCAUUGGUGUUGUGUUCUGUUGAGUCUGCAGCUCGUGUAUACUCCCAAAGACCAGUGGCAUUUUUUAUGAAAGGUCUGCCUAACAUAAAUUCCACCGAUUAUCAGGAACAGGCACGAAAGAGAUUUCCAACCCUAUCGGCUUUUGAAAAUAUUUACUAUUUCCCUCUCCGAAUGGAUGAACUGUAUGCGGGUACUCCUCUACUGACCUGGUAUAAAAAGAUUAACCCUGAAAAGGAAAUGUACUGGAUUCACGUGAGCUCAGAUGCUUGCAGAUUUGCAGCAAUGUGGAAAUAUGGCGGAUUAUAUAUGGAUGCAGAUGUCAUCUCAAUGCGACCAAUUCCAAAUAAGAAUUUUCUUGCAGCUGAAACCUUUGACGUUUGCAGCAGUAGUGUUUUUGGACUUUAUCCUCAACAUAAGUUCACCUGGGAAUGUAUGGAAGACUUUGUAAAAAAUUACAGAGGAGAAGAAUGGGGAUAUCAAGGUCCAGGACUCUUUACACGUGUUGUGGAUAGGUUGUGUGGGAUGCCUAAGUUUAAAAAUACAGCUGAUGCUUUGUGUGGAGAUAUCGCCUACCUACACCCUCAGCGUUUCUAUCCUAUUACAUGGAGUUCUUGGAGAAGAUAUUUUGAAGUUUGGAAUCAGUUCCCAACCUUUGAUGAUUCUUAUUCUCUACAUCUGUGGAAUUUUAUGAACAAAAAAAAUGAACAAACUGUGGUUACUGGAAGUAAUACAUUAGUGGAGCACCUGUUCAAACAGUACUGCCCUACCACCUAUGCGUCUCUGUUAAAUAAUAAUGUCAAACAUUUACAGUGA